UAAUUGUGUAUGUUAAUUUUACUAAGUUUUACGUAAGAUUUAUUAAAAAUUGAGAACUAUGUCAAGUGGAGGAGUAUUACUACCUCCAGGACUUGAGCACUCUUUUGUUUCACGAAGAGAAAAAGUUCAUGAUUUGAAUGGUUUUAAUUCUGAACAUUGGACUUUAAAUGGUAAAUCUGAAAAACAUACAACAAAAAAAAAAAAGAAAAAGAAAAAAAAGCAGAAAAACAAUAGAGAGGACAAAGAUAAUCGUUCAACAACAGAAAUAAAUAAUACUAAAGAAUUUGAGCCAGAGAUUGAAUACAUUCAAGAGGUUCCAGGUGUUAAUGAUCUUGAACCAAUGUACAGGCAAUUUGCAAAAGUAUUUGAAGCAUUUAAAAUAGUUGAAUCAGAAAAAUGUAAUACAGAUGUAGGUGAAGCACUUAAUCAAUAUCCACCUAUAAGUGCUGCUGCAGCUGCAGCAGGAGCUAUUGCUACUAAACUUGGAUCUUUGUUGGAUGAAUAUGAUGAUGAUAUGCCAUCUCAACAACAGCAACAUCAAGCAUUAGGUGAAAAUGGUGUACCUCGAUUAUCUAAAAGAAAAUUAAAAAAAUUGACUAGAUUAAGUGUUGCUGAACUCAAGCAACUUGUUGGAAGACCAGAUGUGGUUGAAAUGCAUGAUGUAACUGCUAGAGACCCUAAACUUUUGGUUCAACUUAAAGCACAUAGAAAUACUGUACCAGUACCAAGACAUUGGUGCUUCAAACGAAAAUAUUUACAAGGAAAACGAGGGAUAGAGAAGCCACCUUUCGAUUUACCAUCCUUUAUAAAACGCACUGGAAUUACUGAAAUGAGAGCAAGUUUACAAGAAAAGGAUGAAUCUAAAACCCUUAAAGCUAAGAUGAGAGAACGGGCAAGACCUAAGUUAGGUAAAAUUGAUAUAGAUUAUCAAAAACUUCAUGAUGCUUUCUUUAAGUGGCAAACAAAACCUAGGAUGACUAUCCAUGGAGAUCUUUAUUAUGAAGGGAAAGAAUUUGAAACAAGAUUAAAAGAAAAAAAACCUGGAGAAUUAACAGACGAAUUACGUACAGCUCUUGGUAUGCCUAUUGGACCAAAUUGUCAUAAGGUACCUCCUCCAUGGCUUAUUGCUAUGCAACGUUAUGGACCCCCACCAAGUUAUCCAAAUCUUAAGAUUCCUGGUUUGAACGCACCGAUUCCAGAGGGUUGUGCUUUUGGAUAUCAUGCUGGUGGCUGGGGAAAACCACCAGUUGAUGAAACUGGAAGACCUUUAUAUGGUGAUGUAUUUGGUAUAUCAAGAACUCCUGGAAUUGAUGCUUUAGAUGAGGAAAUUGAUCGUGGAAUGUGGGGCGAACCUGAAUCAGAAUCUUCUGGAGAUGAAGAUGAAGAUGAUGAAGAUGAAGAUAAGGAUGAAGAAGGUAAAGAAGAUGUUACUGGACUAGUAACUCCUGGUGCAGAAGGACUUGUUACUCCAAGUGGUAUUACAUCUAUUCAUGCUGGUUUAGAAACUCCAGAAACCAUAGAACUUCGAAAAAGAAAAAUUGAAAAUGAAAUGGAAGGUGGUGAUACACCUGCAUUAUAUACAGUUUUGCAGGAACGAAGAACUGAAGGACUUGGUAGUAGUAUGAUGGGUAGUACACAUGUUUAUGAUAUGACAGGAGCAGGUGGUCAAGCUCCUCCAUCUGUUAUUGCUGCCCGACGAGGUGUUAUCUCUACAUCUGAAGUUAGAGCAACAGAAAGAGAGGGGGCUAUUGAAUUAGCUCUUGAUCCAAGUGAAUUAGAUUUGGAUUCAGAAGCUAUGGCAACACGUUAUGAAGAAACAAUGCGUAAUCGUCAAGCAUUGCGUCGAGAAGAUUUAUCUGAUAUGCUACAAGAUCAUGUUCAACGGCAAAAGAGCAAGCGAAAACGUCAACAAAGUCAAGAUACCAAAUCAUCCAAGAAAUAUAAAGAAUUUAAAUUUUAAUUAUUAAAAAUGUUUUGUAAUGCAAUUUAAAUUGA